AUGAAGAGCGUUAUGAAGGUUGUGAUUGUGCUUUCUAUCAUCAUGUGCGUACUCCUGACACCUACCGUUGCGAAGGGCGGUAGUAGUGGCCGAAGUGGUCGAAGUAGCGGAUCUGGUGGUAGUGGAACCAAGGCAAGAGGUGGGUCUGGUAGCAGUGGAACCAAGUCUAGUAGUAGUGGGUCUAGUGGAAGUGGAACUGCAACCACCACAUGGAUCCCAUCAGCUCGUUCUCACCCGACGACGGUCGGCAGCAACAGCAACAGACACAGCAAUAGCUCAUCAUCCACCUCCUUUGGCUGGUCUUUCAUGGCGAUGACUUUGUUUGCGUACCUAACUUUUGUUUACUUUUGA